GAGUGAGCCUUUACAUCUGUGUCUUUAAGGCUGUGUGUCCCUCCAGGGCCGCCGUACAGAGCAGCAUGGUUCCGCCUACCAGCUCAAAAGUCUGCAGAUGGAACUAGGAAGUCAACACAAACGCAUGUUUUAAGGAGCUUAACAUUUAAUAAACUAUUUAAACCAAAUGUUUGGCUGACUGUGGUGCGUUCAGGGUCGCAGUAAAGCCAUGCUUUGGGUGCAUUCAAAGCCCUCUCUGAUGUGGCUCCUUGCUGUUGUUUUGACAGCUCCGGUUUGCAGAGCUGCAGGGAAACCGAAACUAAUCGAUCACCUGUCGGCCUGCGACUCCAGAGACACCUCGGUGAGCAUGACAUCCAGCAGGGACCCCACACCGGACGGCCCGGAGCCAGGGGACCCCGCAGCCGCCUUCAGUGUCCCGACUCUGGACGGGGAGUUCUCCUUCCAGCCAGGAUCUCUGCGGGGUCCUCUCGUCAUCCACGCCUUCUCCAACAAGUCGGGGUUCCUGGAGUGCAUGUGGAGCUCCGAGUCGUCCCUGGUCAGCCUGGUGGAGGAGCUGCCCGACAGCACCCAGGUCCUGUUCCUGUCCCUGGACGACUCAGCGGUCAGCGACGCUCUGUGGAUGAGGGAGCAGCUGCAGAGGGUCGCCACGGACAGGAAUAAGGAGGUUCUGUCCAGACUGCACUUCUCCCCGGUGCCGGUCUUCGCUCUGGGUAACUGGAUACCCAACGUGCUCUACUACUGGCGCUGCAUGGGACGCGGCUGUGUCUUCUCCCAGGUCGUCUUCAAAUCCGAGGGGUGGAACAUGCCCAUAAUCAUCAAGAGACUAGAUGCCAGGUACGACUGGCUCAUGACGCGCGGGGAUCCGAGGUCGUACCAGCUGAUGGAUGCAGGUGAUGGGUGUGAACCUUCCCCCUCGGUGGCUGGUGCUCUGGCCUGGGUGUCUGAGGGAAACUGCUCCUUCUUCACCAAGGUGCAGAACAUGGCUAAAUCCAACGCCUCCGCUGUCCUCGUCUACGCUCUCCCCGGUAACCCGAUCCAGGACAUGAACUGUGUCGGGGACGAAUGCGACACAACGCUGACCAUCCCGGCUUCCAUGGUGCACCUGGAGGUCUCCGUCGCUCAGGCUCUCCAGCUCGGACAGCCGGUGUUCGCGUCCUUCCAGAACACCCCGUCACCAAACUUCUUCAUCGGCAUUGACCAUCAGGGGGCGCUGGCUGAGAUGGGCUGGUUUAUUUACCCCUCCUUCAGCUUCAUCAACUGGCAGGCGCAGUGGUUUGAUUUCUAUGCAGCUCUGCAGACUAAACUUAAGAGUCCUGCAAAGGUUGUUCCUGUUUUUGACAAAGUCCAGAUGCAGGGAGAGAUAGGAGCGGUGGCCACGGUCGACCUGCCGAUAGCCCUGUCGGACUUCGACGUGCUGGAGCUGGAUGCGGCCCUGUCGUGUCCCGGUAGGAGGGACUCGUCCUGCGCUCACUGGGAUCACACCGUGCAGCUGUUCAUCUGCUGCGACCCGCUCGGUCCGUACUGCAACACGGAGCUGGGCCGCUGGAUCACCGCCUUCCGCAGAGGUACUGGCCGCUGGCUGACGGACGUGUCCCCUCUGAUCCCCCUGCUGGACAGCAACAAAUGCACCCUCACCAUGAAGACGGUCCCGUGGGCGAUGCCGUGGGUCACCUCCCUCAACCUGAGAUUCAGCACCGGCAAUCGGACGGAUUAUAAAGUAGAGAAGCUCCGCCCCUUCAGAGUGAUGCCCCUGUACAGCGGGGGAACAUUUGACAAGAACUACAACAAGAGAUACCAGCCGACCAAAGUGUCCGUCCCUGCAUCAACCAAAAAGGUGGAGCUGUACGCCGUCAUCACCGCUCACGGCUACGAUGACAACCACUGUGGAGAGUUUUGUGUCACCUCCCACCACUUUCUGAUCAACAACAUUUUUAACAACACGCUCACAUUCGAUUCUGCAGGAUCACCUCUGGGCUGCACUCUGCGGGUGAAAGAGGGCGCGGUACCAAACGAACACGGCACGUGGCUGUACGGACGAGCAGGCUGGUGUGACGGACUACAGGUGGACCCCUGGAGGACAGAUAUCACCAAACAGCUGAACAUGAGCGAGUUUGAAUCCAACAUUGUGGUCUACUUCGGCCUAUUUGAAGGAAAGGAUCCUAAUCCAUCUAAAGACCCUGGAUACAUCAUCAUGUCUUCUUUUCUUGUCUUUUACAAAUGAUGCCACAAAACUGAACUGUUAAUGUAAAGUCAAAGAUUAAACAUCUAUUUUUCCUA